UCAACAGGUGGAGGCAAAAUAGGCGGCAACUCUUGAACCGGUGGAGGUAAAAUCGAAGGGAGGUCUUGAACCGGCGGAGGUAAAAUCGGAGGGAGAUCUUGAACCGGUGGAGGAAUGAUCGGCGGGAAAUCUUCAACCGGUGGAGGAAAAAUCACGGGAAGGACUGAUGGUGAAGGUGUUGACUGGUCAAUUGGUGGCUCGUUUGUGUCAUCAGGUGGUGGAAACUCCGGUGUAGUUUGGUCAGGCGGUAGUAUCGGAGGUGUGUCUUGAACCGGAGGAGGAAUAAUUGGCGGGAAAUCUUCAACUGGUGGUGGCAAAAUCUCAGGAAGGAUGGGUGGCGGUGGUGUUGACUGGUCAAAAAUUGGUGGCUCGAUUGUUACAUCAGGUGGAGAAAACUCUGGUGUAGUUUGGUCAGGCGGCGAUGGGUUCAGUGGAAAGCUGUCUACUGGUGGUGGUGAAGUUCCAGUGGUUAUAUCCGGCGGUGGAAAUAGUGAAGUUGGUGGUGUUAAUGUAGAGCGAUCUAAUGGCGGAGGAAGGAGGAUAACAGGUGAUGCAGGCGGUGAUAUGGUGGUUCUAUCAGGUGGUGAAAACGAUGUCAUUGGUGGCAUUGGAGGGAGGUCAGAAACCAACGGCGGAGGAGGUGUACCGUUAGAUAUUGGAGUUAUGGCACCUAAAAGAGGAGGAGGUGAACCGGUUAUUCCUGGAGUGCCGCUACCUAAUAAAGGAGGAGAAGAACCAGUGGUUCCCGGACUUCCGCCGCCGAAUAGAGGAGGAGGUGAACCGAUGAUCCCCGGAGCUCCACCGCCUAAAAGAGGAGAUGGUGUUAUCGUAAAUGGUGGCUGUGAAACCGUGCCACCAGGUAAUAGUGGUGGCGGAGAUAACACUAAUGGAAAGGAUGGUGAUGGAAGAGAGGAAGACAAUGGUGGCGGAAGGAGAGCAGAGGGUGGAGGAAGGGGAAGCACGGGAGUAGGUGUAGGUAUGAUUGGAACUGGAGAAGGAGUAGUAGGUGGAGGAAGGGGAAGCACAGGAGUAGGUGGAGGUAGGAUUGAAACUGGAGAAGGAGUAGUAGGUGGAGGAAGGGGAAGCACAGGAGUAGGUGGAGGUAGGAUUGGAACCGGAGAAGGAGUUGCUGAUGGUGUUGGUGGUGGUGGCGUAGUUGGAAAUAAAUGUGGAAAUGGAGGGAGUAGAAUCGGUAUAGGGACAAAAUGGAUAACCGGUGUUACUGGUGGCGAUGGGCAGGGUACUGGUGCAGGUGGAGCCGGUGCUGCGGUGCAAGCAAUACAAGGCUGAGCAGGAGGCGGUGCCGGGGCUGAGACACAAGUAACGCAAGGCGCCGGGGGAGGAGACAGUGUCGGGGCUGUGACGCAAGUAGUACAAGGGACAGGAGGAGGAGGCGAUGGUGGAGGUGGGCAAGGAACAGGGAUUGGCGGUGGUGGUGGUGGUGAUGCUUCUACACAAGUAACACAUGGUGGUGACGGUGGUGGUGGGCAUGGUGUGACAACCGGAGGUGGCAGUGGUGGUGGUGAAAUAGGUGGUGGUAAAGCUUGCGGAGGAGGUAGGAAAGGGUUUUGAGGACAAGGCACAAUUGGGAAGUUCCAUUGACCGCAAGUGCCGAACACGCAUCUGAAGAACACAUCGCAUUUAGUAGCAAAAGCUUCGCCGUUUCUACUUUGGUUUUGUCUUCUGCUUUUGACUCUUCUGUGUCUUUUUCUAACCAAACCUGUCUUGUCUUGGUCUCUGUGUGUCUGUGAAUUAGCUUUUGUGUCUGUUACUAAAACACUAAGCAAAAGCAGUGCAACUAGACAUACUAUUACAACUCGUCUCAUCUCUGUUCUUUUUUUCUUGGUAAUACAUGCAAG